UAAGUCCUAACCCUUGUUUGCUUGCUUUAAUAAUUCAUUCCUCUGGAAACCCUAAGCUUAAACCCUAAUUUAGAAGAAGAGAGGUGCGUUCUCUGCCCCUUCUUACUGCCUCACUUAUGCUCCUGGGUUCUCGUUUUCCUGAAUUUUUACACUUAUCGGGUCCCAUGUGGUCUCAGGUUUUCUUUCAAUUAAAUUAAUGCAAUGCAAGAUUCUGACUCUAAGCAAAUUGUUGCCGGUUACGGAGAGCCGUCACAUGAAGACGGAGAAGCAGAGAAAUGUUCAGAGGGAGAACUAGACGGGGUUAAUUCGGAUGAUGUGCCAGUUCUUGACGUUUCGGGGAAAGCAUGGGAACUUUCUCGGUUGGAUUAUUCCAAGGAUCCAUUCAAGGGGUUAUACUUGUACAGGAACGUGUUCACUUUAAUUCCUCAGUCCUUGGGGGAGCUCAAGCGCUUAAAGACCCUAAAAUUUUUCGCGAAUGAGAUAAAUUUGUUUCCGUCGGAGACUGGGAAUUUGGUUGAGCUGGAAUGCUUGCAGGUGAAGGUAUCAUCUCCCAGCUUGUCAAGUUUGUCUCUGCACAAGUUGAAAGCGUUGAAAGAGCUUGAACUAUGUAAAAUUCCCCCAAGGCCUUCAGCUUUUCCUACAUUGAGUGAUAUAGCGAGCCUCACGUCCCUGACUAAACUCUCUGUUUGUUACUUCUCUCUCCGAUACCUUCCUCCAGAAAUUGGCUGCCUUGUUAAACUAGAGUUUUUAGACCUUUCAUUCAAUAAGCUGAAAAAAUUGCCUAAUGAGAUUACUUCAUUGAAUUCCUUGAAGUCAUUGAAGGUUGCCCAUAAUAAAUUGGAUGAAAUAUCUUCCACUCUGUCCUCUCUGCAAAGCCUAGAAAGUUUGGAUUUGUCAUAUAAUCGGCUCAAUUCAUUGGGGACUCUCAACCUUGCGGUGAUGCAUACCCUCCAUAAAUUAAAUCUUCAGUACAAUAAGCUUCUCAACUGUUGUCAAAUUCCAUCAUGGAUGUGCUGCAAUCUGGAAGGAAAUGGCAAAGACACAUCCAAUGAUGAAUUCAUCAGUUCUUCAGUUGAGGUGGAUGUUUUAGAUGUUUCUGUUCAGAAGGUCGAUGAUCUUCCUUCCAACAGUUCUUCUAAUACAUCGUUGAGUGUAUUGGGUGAUGCUUCAUCGGUCACUAGAUGUUCCACAGCAUGGAGAAUGAGAAAGGGGUGGAAGAGACGUGAUCAUUUGCAGCAAAAAGCUCGUCAAGAACGUUUAAAUAACAGUAGGAAGGGGGGAACUAAGGAUCAUGAUGACAUAAUGACUUUGAACAUGUCCACAAGAUGUGCACCACUUGUCUCUGAAUCUCUUGUCCAGACUAGUGCUGUUAAGGAGAUUGAUGACGAUAACAUUGAUAGGUUUUCUGAACAAGCUAACACUCUCAUUUUGCUUAAUCAUGUUGAUGAAGGCUCAAGUAAAGUGCAAAGUAUUGAAAGCUGCACAUGCAUUUCCUUUGACCCUGUUGAUAUUUGUGAGGAAUGCAACCAAGAAAAUCAGGAGGAAAACACAUCUUCAGUUGUUACUCUAGAUGGAAUUGAUGAGCAGGAAGAGGACUCAUCAUCAGAAGCAUCUUACCUAAAGCCAAAAAGGCAUUCAGAUAGGGACCUUGACAAUCCGAAGCCAAGCAAAUCUAGGAGACCAAUCAAUGAUACCUCUAAUUUAUCCUGCAAAUAUAGCACUGAAUCAUUCUGUAGCAUUAAUGACCAUCUACCAGAUGGUUUUUAUGAUGCAGGACGGAGUCGCCCUUUCAUGUCACUUCAAUGUUAUGAGAGUUUGUGUCGUGACUCACGUGAAGUAAUCCUUGUGGACAGAGAAAGAGAUGAGGAGUUAGAUGCAAUUGCAUUGUCUGCUCAGGCAUUGGUAUCUGGCUUGAAGCAGUUGAGUGGUUCAGUACAAGAAAGGGAACAAUUUGCCAUCUGUAAUCUGCAGGUUGCAUCAGUGCUUGCCUUAUAUGUUUCAAGUUGUUUUGGUGGCAGUGAUAGAGAUGCUAUAGUUGAGAAGGCACGGAAAGCGGUGGCUGGAUCAAAUUAUCAGAAGCCUUUUGUAUGUACCUGCAGAACUGGGAACCAUGAUGAUGGUGAUGAGAAGUCCACUAAAGAAAUUUUGGGCAGUGAAUCUGAUUUCAUUGGUUUGUGUGAGAAAUCCCUAAGGGCUAUAAAGGAAGCACGCAGUUCCAAUAUUGUCCCAAUAGGCACUCUUCGGUUUGGUGUCUGUAGACAUAGAGCAGUGCUUAUGAAGUAUUUAUGUGAUAGGAUGGAACCUCCAAUUCCUUGCGAGCUUGUGAGAGGCUUUCUGGAUUUCAUGCCACAUGCCUGGAACAUCAUUCUUGUUAGGAGGGGUGAUUCAUACGUACGGAUGGUUGUUGAUGCAUGUCAUCCAACUGAUAUAAGAGAAGAGACAGAUCAAGAAUUUUCUUGCAGGUAUAUUCCUUUGAGCCGGAUUCUUGUUCCCGUGAAGACUGAAAACAUGGCUAGCUCGGUUUACUCUUAUCCGUCGCUUUCAUUAUGUGAUGAAAUUGAAAAGGCAGCAUCAAGUUCUCUGGUCCGGUGCAAAUUUGGGUCAGUUGAGGCUGCAGCAAAGGUGCGAUUUAAGUUUGUUGAUUCAGUGGAGGAAAUGAAGAAGUUUGAGUACUCUUGUCUAGGUGAAGUAAGAAUGUUAGGAGCUUUGAAGAAACACUCCUGCAUUGUAGAAUUUUAUGGACAUCAGAUCUCUUCUAAGUGGGUUUCUCCAUUGGAGGGAAAUAAGGAAGGUCGUUUAUUGCAAUCGACAAUUGUAAUGGAGUACAUACAGGGGGGUUCCUUGAAGAGUUAUCUAGAAAGUCUGACCCUAGAUGGUCAGAAGCAUGUCCCUGCAGACUUGGCAUUGUUUAUUGCUAGAGAUGUUGCCUGUGCAUUAGCAGAGUUGCAUAUUAAACACAUUAUUCACCGAGACAUAAAAAGUGAAAAUAUUUUGAUUGAUUUGGAUAAGAAGCGAGCUGAUGGCACUCCAACUGUCAAGCUCUGCGAUUUUGACAGAGCAGUUCCUCUUCGUUCAUUCUUACACACAUGCUGUAUUGCCCAUUUUGGAAUACCUGGUCCUAAUAUAUGUGUGGGAACACCUCGCUGGAUGGCUCCAGAGGUACUUCAGACAAUGCAUUAUCAGAAGAAGUAUGGGUUGGAGGUGGAUAUCUGGUCUUAUGGGUGCCUACUCUUGGAAUUGUUGACGCUGCAAGUCCCUUAUGCUGGAUUGCCAGAAUCAGAAAUUCAUCGAUUACUUCAGACGGGUGAGCGGCCAUCGUUAACGGAUGAACUAGAAAUAUUGAGAUUUUCAGAGGAGCCUGCAAGGACUAGAUCAAGCACAGAGGGAGUGGAUGCAGAGGCUGAAGCAGAAAUAAUGACAUUCCUGGUUGAUUUAUUCUGUCGAUGUACCAAAGGGAAUCCUGCCGACCGACCAACAGCAGAGCAACUCUAUGACAUGCUGCAGGCCCGUGCGAAUUCCUUCUUGAGUUCAAAAAGCUAGGAAGUCAGUAGGAAUUUGGCUUUAGAGUUGACCUAUAUAGUAAUCUAUUCACAUUGUCAUUGCCCACAAUUUUGUAGCUCCUAACACCUACAGUGUAUUGUUUUUCAGCCAUGUUCUUCAUGCAAUUCAA